AUGAGUGUCGAAUCAUAUGUCAAAGCUUCACUUAUCAUUGGCUUAUUCGGUUUAAUCGCAAUUUUAUCCUUGGUAUACUUGCUAACAAUUUUACUUAUUCCUCGCUUUCACAAUUCGAAUAAUUUCUUCAUUGUCAACAUAUGCUUUAGUACGCUUGUCACUUCCGUAUAUUUUAUGAUAUUCUAUACAUCAUAUUACAUAACAUCUCGUGAUAUCUUCACUUUGAAUGGAUGUGUCAGGUUAUAUUAUAUCUUCAAUAUUGCCAGUGUUGCAAUUCCGUUUGCAUUUGUGGCGUUUUCUGUUCAUCGAUAUUGUUCUAUCAAAUAUCUCAAUGAAUCUUUAUUUCAAACAAAAAAGUGGACUGCAACAUGUAUCAUCACACAGUGGGUCGCAGUUCUGAUGAUUUCAUUGCCAUCUGUGUUUCAAAAAACAGACGUUUGCGUCAAUGUCCUAUGGUUACGAAUUUAUACAUUAAUCACAGCUGUAGUGCUGCCAUCGAUCGUAAAUAUUACUUUGAACGUUUUGAUUUUUCAUCACGUUCGAUUAUCUACACGUCGUGUUCAACCUCAUACCAAUCAAAAGAUGAAUUUCAGUCGAAGAGACAUCUCGUUACUUCGACAGAUGAUUUCCAUGUUUAUCGCAUUCAUCGGCGGAUGGAGUGGAAUAUAUAUCAGUAUAAUUAUCACUCAAUUCCUCAAGAUUAAUGAGUGGAUUCGUCCCGCUCUGGUCAUCUUCAGUGAUUUGUCAAUAUUGGCUAUACUUAUUAAUUUAUUUAUUCACAAUCACGAAGUGAAAAGUUAUUUAUUUGACAAAAUUCGUCGCAAUUUUCAUCAUUAA